GCAGUCAGCGGGGACGCGCUGCAGCUCACCGCCGAGCUGCUGAGGAUCUUCGUUGUGGAGGCGGCCAUCCGCAGUGUCCGGCAGGCCCAGGCGGAGGACCUGGCCCAGGUGGACAUGGACCACCUGGAGAAGGUGCUGCCCCAGCUGCUGCUGGACUUCUAGGCGCCUGCCCAGCGCGACAGCGGCCACAGGCAGAGCCCUGGCCGCGGGCAAGGAGGAGCAGCCAGUUCCUGCAGAGGCCCCGGCUGCCCCUGGCCGGGGGCUGCCCCGCCGGGGCUGUGUGGGCCGGGAGGGCGCGGCCCCGCGUCAAUAAACGGCCUUGGCCCCGC